AUGAGCUGGCUGAGUGUAUUCCCUCGCCAACCCCGUGAGCCCGGAUCAACCGGUAGCUCUAGGGUAUUCCUUUACCUCGCUCUGGCAGUUAUCUCCCUACUACUCUCUUAUCAGCUGGUUCUGAAUCACGAUUCGUUGGGUUCCAUCGCCUCGUGGAAAGUCGGAUCAGACACUACGGGCCCUUAUGAUCCGGAUGCCGAUUAUGAUGGGGACGGCUGGGCUGCUGCGGCUAUGAAUGGAUCGCAUUCUAAGUCUACUGCUGUGCAACAAUCGGUGCCGACUCCAUAUACUUCGAGACCGGUAUCUACACCCGCGCACGAACCCGCGCCUCUUUCCACGCCGACUACGGCUCCGGUUGAGAAGGAGCUUGUUAUUGCUGCAAUGAGUAAAAGUGAUAUGUCCUGGGUGGAGGCGAAUGUUCCUUCGGACUGGGUCUUUAAUAUCUAUCGGGCUGAUGUGCCAGAAGGGCAAGCCGAGUUGACGGUUCCGGAUAAUAAAGGGAAUGAGGCAAUGGUCUAUCUGACACACAUAAUCGACCGAUACGACACCCUCCCCGAUGUAAACGUCUUCCUACACGGAGGCCGAUAUCAAUGGCACAACGAUAACCCACUAUAUGAUUCCGUCAUCUCAAUAAAAGAUCUCCAACUAAAUCACGUCCGGAACACCGGCUAUGUAAACCUCCGCUGCACGUGGGCAAUCGGCUGCCCGGCCGAAUUGGAACCCGCCCGCUAUCUCCGCGACCGACCUGAUGAUCCGGGACACCCCACGGCCGUGGAAUUUCCCGAUAGUUUCAUGGCACUAUUCCCGGGAGAGCCAGUGCCCGAGAUAAUCGGUGUACCGUGUUGCAGUCAGUUUGCCGUCUCGCGGGAAGCAAUUCGUGCGCGGGGGAAAGAGGAGUAUGUGCGUAUGCGAGAGUGGUUACUUACGUCACCGCUUGAUGCUGGUACUAGUGGGAGGAUAUUUGAGUAUUUAUGGCAUAUUAUGUUUGGAAAGACCGCGCAGUUCUGUCUUGAUGCUGCGGAGUGUUAUUGUAAUACUUAUGGGUAUUGUAACAUGACUGAAACUGACUUGCGAAAUCAGUGGGUUUGGAAGGGAAUGACUCUUCCGCCUGGAUGGCCCGAACAAGGAUGGCCGGAGGAUCAGGCGUGA